AUGGGGAACAUUCAGACCAACUGCGCUUCCCCAAAGCAGCCCACGAUCUUUCAAAAACCAGAAGCAGUUCUUUACCCACAAGAAAUGGUUCUUCUGGGAGAAAUCUGCAAGGAGAAACUCACUCAAAACUAUAAGAACAUCAGUCUAGGUCUCAAGGCGCCCAAGGACACCACUGAGGGCAUCUACAUAGACAAGAAAUGCCCCUUCAAUGAUAACGUCUUCAUCCAAGCUAGGAUCCUGUCUGGUGUACUGACCAGACAGAUAAAGAUGCAAAGGACCGUUGUCAUCCACUCAGGCCAUCUCUACUAUGACCAAAGUACAGUGGUGGCACAAACAGGUGUCUGUGCACCUGUCCCGCUGAACAAAAGAGUGAGCUUCAGUGUGCUCUAG